AUGGAGGAAGUACUGUUGUGGUCGUUAUACCUAGUUUGUUUAGCGAAAAAAACAAAACAGUCGCGAAGACCAAGAAGAAAGUGGAGUCGCAAAUGGUUGCUGAAGAAAAGGGAAUUUUCGCAUAUAAACUUAUUGCGAGAAUUACGAAAUGAACCCAAUGACUGGCGAAAUUAUUUGAGAAUGGAUGAAGAGACUUAUGUUGAGUUGUUAAAGUUAGUUUCUCCGUUUAUCGUGAAAAAAGACACUGUUAUGAGAAAAGCCAUAUCCACACGAGAGGCUCUCAGCUACCUUACGAUUCCUUGCUACCGGAAGAAGCUUUAA